CAAGGCUAAACUAGAGGCCAAACCACUGUCCCAUAUGUACCAAAAAAAGUUAACAACUUUUUCAACUGUUUCAAUUGUUUAAAUAAUUUUUUUUUAACUUAAUAAUAUUAAGAAAUCCAUUUAUUACCAUUAUUUAAUUAAAGAAUUGUGAGGUCUUUCAACUUAUUUUUGUGAGUUAUUCGGGAUAAUUUCAAAAUUAUUAUUGCACUCUUCAAGUGCAAAUGUCAUGAAUAUAAAAUGAAUAUUGCAGCUAACGGUGACAAGUGUUUGCAUUAUAAAGCUGCCAUUAAACGACGUGUGCAAGAAUAGUGGAAUAGUGGCUUCUGAACUUGUUCGUCGUCCUAAGAUGGGGUAAUGUAUGAAGUGCUAUAUAGCAUCUAGUUCUGAACUAGGAAUGGUAUGAUAUCAAUCAGGCUUCAUCUGACAAGACUUGUUGCAAUAUCAAGAUCUACCUAUGCUGGACGGGGAGACUUUUUGGCUUUGGAGAAAAGAAACUAUCAUUUAAUGCACCAACCCCAUGAUUUUCCUAAGCAGAGCAUGCUAGAAAUCAAUUCCCACUUAAAGGAUUUGGUUAAAAAAGGUCACUUGGAAAAUGCACGGCAGGUGUUUGACAAAAUGACUGAAAGAGAUGAGGUCUCAUGGACCAACAUGAUUUCCGGUUACGUAAACGCUUCUAGUUCAGUAAAAGCAUUGUCUUUAUUCUUAGAAAUGCGGCGUGAUCCUACUAUCAAAGUGGAUCCUUUUGCUCUUAGCCUUGCUGUGAAGGCAUGUGGGGUUAUUGUGAAUUUGAAGUGUGGGGAGUUAUUACAUGGGUAUUCGAUAAAAGUCGGUUUGGUUACUUCUGUUUUUGUGGGUAGUUCACUUGUUGACAUGUACAUGAAAGCUGGUAAAGUGUUGGAGGGUUGCGUAGUUUUUGACGAAAUGCCUCUUAGGAAUGUAGUUUCUUGGACUGCUGUUAUAACCGGGCUUGUUCGUGCAGGUUACAAUGAGGAAGGGUUGGUGUAUUUUUCUGAAAUGUGGAGAGAUGGCAUAGAAUGUGAUUCGUAUGCUUAUGCUAUUGUGUUAAAAGCGUGUGCUGAUAUGGGGUGUCUGAAUUAUGGGAGGGAAAUGCAUACUAGGAUUGUGAAGAAAGGCUUGGAUAUGAGCUCUUAUGUGGCUAAUAGUCUUGCUACAAUGUACAAUAAAUGCGGGAAACUAAAUUAUGGUAUGUGUUUGUUUGGAAGAAUGAGGUUGCGAGAUGUUGUCUCCUGGACUACAGUAAUCACGACAUAUGUUCAAACUGGUCAAGACCGAUAUGGUAUACAGGCAUUCUUGGGAAUGAAAGAAUCGAGUGUGACUCCUAAUGAAUAUACAUUUGCUGCGGUUGUUGCUGCUUGUGCAAAUCUUUCGAGACUAGACUGGGGUGUGCAACUGCAUGCAAAUGUUUUACGUGUAGGUUUUCUUGAUUCUCUGUCUGUAUCGAAUUCAAUUGUCACAAUGUACUCGAAAUGUGGACAGUUGGAUUCGGCCUCACUCAUAUUUCAUGAAAUGAGUAGAAGAGACAUUGUCUCUUGGAGCACAAUUAUUGCUGGGUAUGCUCAGGGUGGUUGUGGUGAGGAAGCUUUAGAGCUUCUAACAUGGAUGAGAAAGGAAGGACCAAAGCCAACAGAAUUUGCUCUUGCAAGUGUACUUAGUGCAUGUGGUAGUAUGGCAAUCCUUGACCAGGGCAAGCAACUUCAUGCUCAUGUUCUUAUCAUUGGAUUAGAUCAUACGCCUUUAGUACUGAGUGCUUUGAUCAACAUGUAUUCAAAAUGUGGAAGUAUUGCAGAAGCCUCAAAGAUAUUUAAUCCAGCACAAAAUAAUGACAUUGUAUCGUGGACAGCCAUGAUUCAUGGGUAUGCUGAACAUGGAUACAGCCAAGAUGCUGUAAAUUUAUUUGAAAAAAUUCCUUAUGCUGGUCUAAGACCAGAUUCUGUGACCUUCAUUGGCGUUCUAAUCGCUUGUAGUCAUGCUGGCCUUGUUGAUCUAGCUUUUCACUAUUUUAGAUUGAUGAAAGGGGAGUACAAAAUAAGUUUGUCAAAGGAACAUUAUGGUUGUAUGAUUGAUCUUCUCUGUCGUGCUGGACGAAUAAUUGAUGCCGAGAACAUGAUCAAAAAUAUGCCAUUUGAAAAGGAUGAUGUUGUUUGGUCAACCUUACUUAGAGGCUGCAGGUUACAUGGUGAUGUUGAAUGUGGAAGGCGUGCAGCUGAGCAAAUUCUUAAACUUGCUCCAAGUUGUGCUGUGACUCACACUACUCUGUCUAACAUUUAUGCAUCAAAGGGGAAGUGGGGAGAAGUAGCAGAACUGAGGAAGUUAAUGAGAUCGAAAGGUGUCAUGAAGGAGCCUGGAUGGUCUUGGAUUAAGGUCAAGGAUCAAGUUUCUGCAUUUGUUGCUGGGGACAAAAAACAUCCGCAAAAUGAAGAUAUUUAUGAUAUUUUGGAUCUUAUAUCCUCAAAAGCAGAAUUUUCUUUUCAGAGUAUUGCUAACAUUGUAGAGUAGCCAAAACUUAAGAUGUCGAUUGGAGUUUCUCGAAGUAUGAGUAUCCUUCAGAGGAAAAAGGACGGACACUUAUUUUUUUGAUAUUAUAAUCACGAUAAAAGGUGGUUGCCCCGUGCUUAUUUGCACAACCAGCUCUUUCACUGUUUCCAUCUUUUUCCCCAAAAUAGUUUUGGUCAUUUUCUUUGGAGAUGAUCCUGAUGUGCUCUUUUGUAGCAUAAUCCAUUUAUGGUGCUGCCAUGAGAUGUAAUUUUGCUUUCGAGGUUGUAAAGAGCAAUCUAAGAGGUAAAGCUGGCGCGGAGCAGUGCUAUGGGUUUGUGUUUUGUGUACGUAUGAAAAUAUUGCAGCAAGCAAUGUAUGUGCAAACAACUUGAUGAUGCUAAGCAGAUUGCCUUCAUCAAGCAGAGUCGCUUGUGUACUUGCCCUGUGAGCGAUUCAGUAGGGAAUGAGAGCUAGCUGAGGCAUCCUGCAAAACACAUGGAGGAUGAUCUUUAGUCGAAGGCGUAAGAUCUAUAUCUGGAAGCAUGCUUAGCACUGUUGGCUUGUAAGUUACAAGUUGUACAAAUAUAGAGUUGAGUUGGAAGGCUGUGACAAACGAAAGACGCUCUGGAAUGCUGUUCAAAUGGGGUUAUGAAGGCGUAGCUAGAAUUGAGUUGCAACUUUUACUUGAAGAAACCAGACGAGUAUCUAGCUCUUAUUAUACUGGUGGAGAAAAGAUUUUUGUUCUCCUCUCUACGUACUAAUUGUUCCUUGGGUUGAGUUAGGCUCAGAUAUUAUAUCUUUAUGAUAUUUAA